UCAUCCAUAGUCAAUAUAAUGGAAAAUUCUGGGCCUUAUGACUCUUUUCAACAUGAGCUCGAGGAUUACAUUAGAAAGCAGAAAGCCAGAGGAUUACAGCCAGAGGUUUGCUUUAGAAAGGUGACAGAAGAUUCUGCAUACCGAGCCCAGGGCCACACUGCAUCCCAGCCUCUAUCACCGGAGCAGGGACUACUUCUCAGAGGGUCCCACAAACACCCCAGUCCCUACAAAAGGCUGAGGACCGUGGGAAGCUGGUUACCCCCAUGGUCCAAAGCUCAUCAAUCCAGACAACGACCAGAAUCUCUCCACCCUUGUCAGAAACCACGUGACCACUUCUUCAGAAACCCUUGGCUCUCAAGCCCACUGGUGCAAGGAGAGGCUGACAGCCGGCCCAGGGAGGAGGGCACCAGCCUGAGGCAGGUAGCAGAUGCAGCCCCAGGCUGGAAGAGGAGGUCCUGGGAAGGGGCAGGAGAGGGACAGGACGACCAGGAGCAGGCCGGGUGGAAUAGGAAGCACCGCUGUGAUGGAGAUUCCCACAGAGACAGCAGAAGGGCCGAGGUGGAGCCACUCAGCACAGAGGGGCCCAGACACAGAAACAACAGCAACCAAGGCGGGGACGCCACAAAGGACAGAAGAAGGUCCCCGAAAGAGAAGAAGCGACCUGGCAAAGCCAGCACGCAGGAGAUGGACUUGUGGGAUGAAGCUAUCCUGGGCAGUUGUUCCUGACCUCGGGGAUUUGGGAUCCCUGGUAUUAAAUGAUUUGGACCCAUUGGAAAGGCUGAAUUAAAUGACACUGAAGCAAUGUAGCGGCCAUCACUUUGAAGAAAAUAAAAUGAGAUCUCUACCUCACACUCUGUUCAAAUAUAUAAAACCCAGAGGUUUAUGUGUGAAAACUAAAAUAUAAAACUUUUGGAAGAAAAUGUAAGAAAAUAGUUUUUAAUCUUGGAGUAUUAAUGGCCUUCCUGAACAAGACACCUCAACCAACAGCCAUAAGAGAAGAAAACAUAGUAAACCUAGUUGCAGAAACACUUAAAAUCUGUGUUGCAGAAGAUUUUGUUGUGAAUUUUUUUAAAAACAGAAAUUAAAAGAUAAGUGUUGUACUUAGCAUAGAACAGCUCCAGGAGGUACACAAUACACUGAAUUGUGGGCUCUAGAGGGAAGAUUAAGUGGGUAGGGGGCAGAAAUGACAAGCCAACUGAUGUUUCAAAGUGUGUGUUUCUGUUCGAAUUUUGUCCUAUACGGGACUGUUACACCUUUUCAAUAAGAAUUUCUUAAAGGGAAGCAACAGACUUGUAAAAAAUAUCUGCAACACUUUGUAUUAAUAUCUCUUUUGCCAAUUAUUAAAUUAUUGCCUUGAGCUCCAA